AUGCUGUUGGAAGCUUAUGAUUUUACUCCAUUGAUUUUAACAUGUGAGUACUGGUUUCGACGUUAUAAAAAAGGUAAUUUUGACACGGAAGACAAGGAACGUCCAGGUCAGUCGAAAAAAUUUGAAGAUAAGGAAGUGGAAGCUUUACUCGAUGAAGACCCGAGUCAAACGCAAGAACUUGCAAAAUCAUUAAAUGUUGAUCGAUCAACGAUUUUCAGACGUUUGAAGGCCAUUGGAAUGAUUCAAAAGCAAGAAAAUUGGGUGCCGUAUGAGAUGAAGCCGACGAUCGUCAAAAGGCGCAAAAUAACCUACCAGGCGAACGGCGAACCAUCAACAUCGAUGGCAAAGCCGAAUAUUCAUGGCGCCAAGCUCAUGCUCUGUAUUUGGUGGAAUCAGUUGAUUAAUUACCAACCAAACAAAGUUGAACACAUUUCAGUUGUAAAAAUUGAAGAAGAAGAUAAUAAUAUGUGCGAAUUACGAACUGAAAUUGUUUUUCAACCUGAUAAAGACCAGAGCUGUAACUAUAAUGUAUUAUCUUGGUCAGGGGAACAUGAUUUGAUCAAUUUUAAUUUAAAAAAGUCUUCAGAUUUUCGCUUUUCUCUUAGACGCUUACGAUACGAUCAAAAUAUUACCAUAUUGAUUCGAUCGAGUAAUGAUGAUUUUUCUAAAGUUAGUAAUGCAACAAUGUUUACUUUUAUCACACCAUCGUGUCUACAAGUUCAUCAUAAUUUAAGUAUCUGUGCACCUGAAAAGGUGCAAGGUUUGCAAAUAAAAUACAUUCGAAAGCGAAGUGAAAUGUCAUAUGACAUUGUAGUUACUUGGAAUAAACCUUUUCUACAACCAGAUAAUUACACAUUACAAUUUAACUCACUUCAAUUUGGGCCACGUUUACUAAUUGUAUCUGGGAAUGCAGUUAAAGCUCUUUUCUUAAACAUCGAUGUAAAACUGCAGUAUGAGAUCAAUAUUGUGGCAGAAUCAAUGGGCGGUGUAAGUUUACCAUCGACUAUAUCCGGGAGUAUCGACGAAGCAUCAGAGCUAUCUUAUCGCGAGAUUAUUGUAGCGUUAUCAACGUUAGUGAUUGUUAUGGGAGUAUUUGGAAUAAUUUGUAUACGAUAUCGUAACAAGAAGAAUAAGCGAACUAAUAUGGAAUAUAUGUAUUUUGAGAGUUCUAUGGAUUCCCUAAAGAAGCUUUUAAAUCGGGAUUAUGUAGUAGAAAAUAGCAAUACUCUUUUGCCUCAUGAUAAAUUUCAACUUGCUCCACAACGGCUAAAACUUAAAGGCAUAUUAGGAAGUGGAGCAUACGGUAUUGUUAGACUUGCCUCGUUGCAAGAUGACCUCGGCUCUAUCGUAGACGUAGCUGUUAAAAUGAUGAAAGAUAAUCCAACGAUAGACGAUAUAAAAAAUUUUUAUCGAGAGAUUUCAAUGAUGAAGUCUGCUGGUCAACAUCCAAAUAUAGUAUCUUUAAUUGGAUAUUGUACUUUGUAUAAUAAACCUUUAUUAGUAGUGGAAUAUUGUAGCAAAGGUGACUUACAAACAUAUUUAAGAACGAUUUGGCGGCGGAAUAUAGUAAACGCCGUAUUCGAAUGUAGGACUCACUUAGAAUCUAAUGUGGCAUCGUUUGCCAAUAAGAACACAGCUCGAGGCAAAAAUUCGCAAUUUGAAAAUAUAACGCAUACAAUCGCCAAUCGCUUAUAUGAUAUUCAACAAGAUGUAACUAAAUAUAUAGAUAAUGUUACUUCUGCCGAUUUAUUGAAUUUUGCUAGACAAGUAGCUACAGGAAUGGAAUUCUUAUCUUCUAAUCGAAUAGUACAUCGUGAUUUGGCUGCACGUAAUGUAUUAGUGCGACCAGAUAGAGUGGUGAAAAUUUCAGAUUUUGGUCUUAGCCGAGAUAUCUAUCAAGAAAAUGUUUAUCGAAAAAAAGGAAAUGGUAAAUUGCCUUUAAAAUGGAUGGCAAUUGAGGCUUUAACGCAUCAAAUAUAUACUACUUACAGUGAUGUAUGGGCUUUUGGAAUCUUAUUGUGGGAAAUAGUUACUUUAGGUGCCACGCCUUAUCCUGAUACUCCCACAAAUAGAAUUUUACAAUUUCUCAAAUUUGGAUAUCGAAUGGAGAGACCACCAAAUUGUAGUCGAGAAUUAUACAGCAUAAUGUAUUCAUGUUGGAAUAUAAGACCACAAAGUAGACCUACUUUUAUCGAAUUAAAACAAAGUUUAGAUAAAUUGCUCAGUAAUUAUUCGGAAAAUAAAUAUUUGAGUUUGUACGAUGUUUUAUAUGAAUCAGCUGUUGAAAGUAACAAACCAAAAUCGAUUAAUGCAUAUUAAAAUGUA